AUGCAGACUGCUUCUACAAAUAUUUGUGAAAGACUGUGCAAUAAGUCCAUCCAUGAAAUUUCCUUGCUACUAAAUAUUCCACAGUCAAUUGUUAGUGGUGUUAUAACAAAGUGGAAGCAACUGGGAACAACAGCAACUCAGCCACGAAGUGAUAGAGCGGGGUCAGCGUAUGCUGAAGCGCACAGUGCGCAGAAGUUGCCAACUGUCUGCAGAGUCAAUAGCUAAAGACCUCCAAACUUCAUGUGGCCUUCAGACUAGCACAACAGUGCAUAGAAAGCUUCAUGGAAUGGGUUUCCAUAACUGAGUAGCUGCAUCCAAGCCUUCCAUCACCAAGUGCAAUGCAAAGCGUUGGAUACAGUGGUGUAAAGCAUGCCGCCACUGGACUCUAG